AUGGUCCAUUUCAUCAAGGCUGUUGUAGCCACCCCGAAACGAACCUUCAAGAGUUCCACGGCGACUCUAGAUCUCGCCUAUAUCACGCCUCGUCUAAUUGUUGCCGCUGGGCCAACUGAUACCUCUACCAAGGCAGUGUUUCGUGAUAAUAUAGCACAUGUUGUGGCCCAUCUCGAUAAAGCCCAUGGCAGAGGCAAUUGGCAUGUGUGGAACCUUCGAGGCGAAGGCCCCGGUUACGCCUUCAACGCCGUAGUUGGGCCCCAUUGCUCCUACAGACCCUUCCCUGACCAUCAAGUUCCUACCUUAGAGCUUAUGGACCAGGUAGUGGGUGAAAUACACAGUUUCCUUACCAAGUCGCCAUACCAUGUGGCGCUUAUUCAUUGUAAGGAAGGGAAGGGCCGGUCAGGCACCGUUUGCUGUGGAUUUCUCAUGUACGAAGCCCAGAAACUGGGGAUCUUGGUGACGGUGGAAGAAAUGGUUGCAAAAUUCACUGCACAGCGGAUGCGUAAGAUGUUUGGCCCUGGCGUAUCCAUUGACUCCCAGCUUCGGUUUUUAAGUUAUUGGAGAACGUACCUUCAAGUUGAAUCACCCCUUCGAAACGGGUAUUUGCUGGCGAAUGACCUGGAAAUUGGAACGGUGGUGUUCUAUAAGCCUCACCGGUUCCUCUGGCGUCUGAGCCUAGUGUUCUACAAAUAUGAAGGUCUGAAUUUGGUCAAAUUAUUGGAAAUGCCGCUUGACAAUAAAUCCAACUCGCCUUGUUACCUUAAGGUUUCUGUUCCCUUGGCAGGUGUUUCGCUUGUCAAGAUGCUGAUAGAGACCAGUGUGGUGCGCUGCUACUGCUGGUUCAGCCCGUACUUCGAGACGAUCUCGAGAAGAAAGAGGCCUGUAAGUGAAGGCGUUUCGGGGAACUUGAAGGUUACGUGGGACGAGUGGGACGGGUUCUGGGGAACCAAGUGGAAGGGCCCAGUGAAGUUGUUCGAAGCUGCCGAGGUGCUUUGGAACUACCGGCGAGUAGAGCCAGAGAAUGAGAGGAAAGAGAAGGGGAACGAGGAGGUUUGA